AUGGGUGAUCCUGCUGUUAUUGGAACUACCAGUGGCAUAGCUUUCAGCAUCACAGCAACACACAGACGCCACAAUAUGACAAUCCGCAGAUGGGUGGUGUGGUUCCCUGACCGGAACAUGAACCCAGGCAGCAGCGAUACGCAACUCACAAAUGAAAAGCAUGCAGACGAGAAACCCAUUAAUGCUAUUGUUAUAAAUUCAGUAUCCGAAUUCAAUAUCACAGAUGGACCAGCCAAAGAAACCCCCAGUGAGAAAAAACUGUCAGAAUCCAGCACAUCACUGUCCUCCCUUGAAGAAUGCCAAACGAAAUUUUCCUACCUCCAAACAGAUACUUCAGUUCAUCAGAGAGACACUGAUGAGGAGUGUGCCUCCCUUAUCCUCACCUGUCUGUUUUGCCAGUUUUGGGACUGUCUCCUGAUGCUCCCCGAUAUGUGCGAAACGGUGUGUACCAAUCUGUGCUGCCCCUCUCACAGGUAUCACCACACCUCGGAUGAAAGCCACGCUCGGAACGAUUGUAACUGUAACUGUGACGUGGACUGCAGCCUUUUUGAACCUUGCUACGAGACCAGCGAGUGUCUGGAGUUGGCCAUGGAGAUUUCAGAAAUCUGUUACCGCUAGUGCCAUGAAAUAACCACGUUCUGACAGACCCUUUGGCCGAGCAGGGAAAUUCCAUUACAAUGAGACUGUGAUUUCCAUGUGCUGAUACGUAAGGACUGUACACAUUUCUUGGAUGCUCUCGACCAUUUUAUUCUGCACCUGUCUGGGAAAGCUAGUAUUGUCAACUCAACGGUCUCAUUCCAAAUUUCACAACCGCAUGGCUCACUGAAAAAUAAGAUCUUGAUCACAUGUGACGAACAAAUCUUAAAUACCUCUUAAAUGCCAUAGGUACAAGAUGUUUCUUGACUAUAAAACAGCAUGCUAAACCACUCUGUUAUUGCACUCAUUGGCUUGCAUCAUGGAUUCAACUUCAUUCACAAAUUCAGGACAAAUUAGUGCAUUCUUUUAGAAUUGACAUACAUUAGCUUGUCUUUCUAAUGGACUCAUGCAUAAACAUUAUGCAUUGUUGGUUAUUAUUAAUAAUGUAUUGUAUAACAUCAUUUUGUAAUUAAAAAUUUAUUUAUACAGUCUCUUAAAAUUCACUUAUAUGUACAGUUUAGGUAGGAAAGGGAAUUAAAUGAAUUAGAAACCAUGUUCCUGUAAUUACAACAGAUGUCUCUAAGACAUCUCCAGUGAAUUUUGAAUAUGAUGUACUUUGAGAGAGUACUGUAAUUCUAGACCAUAUUAUUAUAUGUCUAUGACUAUGUCAUAACAGGUUACGCAUAUUCUUAAUUUGUUACAGAAAGGCUCUUCUUUAUUCUAAUGAG